AGAAAUGUGUGACGUCAGACUCCCACCAAGCGGCAGGCAAAGCUUGCGACCAUAUAAAAUGCUCCGCUGAGUCUGAACUCUCAGUCACCGCUGCGACUGACAAUCGCUAUUCUACAUCACUCCAAGGGAUCCAUGUUCACCACGUGCAUAACAGCGUAACAUACGAUGAUCGAGACUCUGACAACAGCGCUCUCGCGCACCUCUACUGGCGACUGGCUGCUGCUGGCGGCUGGAUUCCUGCUCGUCUUCUACAUCGCGGGCACCUGGAACUACGAUUACUUCCAGCGGAGAGGGAUACCCUCUACGAAGCCCAGGUUUCCCUUUUUUGGAGAUUUCGUGGCGGUGAUGACUGGGUUUCGUGCCUUCACGGACGCUAUUCAAGACUUCUACGACAAGGGCAAAGGGCACGGAGUGUUCGGAGUGUUCGAGAUAACCCGACCCAUCCUGUGGAUUCGCGAUCCAGAGUUGCUGAAAGUGGUCGGAGUGAAAGAGUUCGACAACUUUAUGAAUCACCGAAGUUUCGCUAGCGAGAAGACAGAUCCGAUCUUUGGGAAGAACCUCUUCAAUCUGAAAGAUCAAACUUGGCGAGACAUGCGCGCAACACUCAGUCCGGCCUUCACCACCAGUAAAAUCAAGGCAAUGCUACCGCUUAUGUCCCAAUGCGCUGAUCAGUUCUCGCAGUACUUGCGAGAGAAGUACGUCAGCAGCAAGGAAGGAUCAAUGACCAAACCACUAGUGUUUGACUUGAAAGAUCUCUUCACACGGUUAACGAAUGAUAUUAUUGCUACUACGGCAUUUGGCGUUAGCUGUGACUCUCUGAAGAACCCGAACAACGAGUUCUACACCAGAGGAAAGACGUUGACCACAUUCAGCAAAUUUCGGAGUUUUGUAUUAUUUGCAUUCCUCGCAAUUCCCAAACUAAUGGAGAAGCGGGGAAUAAUCAGGCCCGACGUACUGCAGCUGCUGAUGCAGGCCAGACAGGGCCAACUGAAGGCGGAAAAGGAAGACUCCGCAGAAGCCGAGAACCUGGGAGUGAGCGGAAAAAUUCUAUCAGAUGAUGACAUUUCUGCACAAGCCAUUGUUUUCUUCUUUGGUGGAUUUGAAACUGUUGCGACGGCCUUGUGCUUUACGACGGUUAUUCUGUCUCAUCAUCCCGAAAUCCAGAAGAAACUCCGGGUAGAGAUAGACGAAGUCAUGGAAACAACUGGUGGCACUCCUACUUACGAAGCCAUUCAGGGCAUGAAAUAUCUUGACGCUGUCAUUAGUGAGGUUUUGAGGCUGUAUCCCCCUGCACCAUCUACAGACCGUAUCUGUGUGAAAGAUACACUUUUACCUGCCGGCGAAAAUUCGAACGCCAUCAUCAUUCCCAAAGGAACUAUCGUGCAGGCUCCUAUCGUCGGUUUACAUACUGAUCCGCAGUACUGGGACGAACCACUCAAGUUCGACCCAGAACGAUUCAGCGACGAGAACAAACACAAGAUCAAACCCUUCACUUACAUGCCGUUCGGCAUGGGGCCCAGGAUCUGCAUAGGGCAGCGCUUCGCGCUGAUCGAGGUGAAGAUGGCGCUGGUGCACUUGCUGCACUCGUUCGCCCUGCACCCGAGCGCCAAGACCAAGUUCCCCAUCGAGUACCAGACGGGCGUUAACCUGCUGGCGAAGGGCGGCUUCUGGUGCGGCCUCACCCCGCGGCGUGCCUGAGCAGCACCAGCGCGUCUCUCAGGCCACGGAGCAAACAACUCAUUUCCAGGGGAUACGCUUCUCGCUUCCAAUUCACCUAGUUGGACUUAACCUAUUGAAUUCAAACUGAUGGGGCAAAUACCUGAAUCACUUAUUUUUGUUAUUCAUAUACAGGUUUUGUUCUGUGAAAUGUAUAGGAGCGAAAAUUCCAAAUGAGAUUUUUUAAAGUGUUUUUUUCUUAUUCUCGAGCACGAUGGAAACGACAAAACUACGCUGCUCAAUUAUUCCCAUCUCUCAUCGUUACAUCAUUCGACUCUUUUGAUCUCGCAGUAUUGCACAUGAAUAUAAUGUGCCUAAAAUGCAUUAACUCUGUAAAACUUUUAAUUUAUCUGUUUAUUCACGUACCUGCAGGGAAUAGUUGUAUAAUUAUGUAUAUACGAAGUGUUCAUUAAUGCCUGAGCAUUCUAUGUUGUAGUUUAAAUUUCAUUAAAUAUAUGUGUGUGUCGCUGUUUACAAGCAACUUUUUUAUUGCUGUAUCUCUAGUGAUAGUUACUUGAAACUAUCACUUGAUAUUCUUACUCCAAAACGUGAUUUCAUUCUUUAACAAUUGAUUGAUGGUAAAACAUCACACUAUAUUUAAGAAUCUAAAACGAUUUUAAAAUAAAACUAAUUGACCUCAAAUCCUUUAAAUAUGUUGAUUUAUUUUAUAGUUCCAUUUUUAUUACAUGGGAGAGAAAAAUAGUAAACACUUUUGAUUAAUAUUAUUUUAAAAACCAAAAUUCCCAAAAUCAUGUGUAUUAGUACGCCGUUUUUUGCGGGGGCAGAGUUUAACGAAUUUGACAGAAAGAGUACAGCGUUUAUAUUAACAGACUUCCCAUGUAAUUAUUUGUAAAGAAAGCUUUGACAAUAAUUGAAAAUAUGAGAAUCUGGCUUAAAUACUUUUUACAAGACAUUUACUCAACGUUUUUAUUGAAAAAAGUAUGUCGAAACCAUAUGUCAUUACAUCUUCGGUGGCCAGCUGUGCAAUUUUUCUGUCUUAUAUGGCUGGAUAAUUUGUUAAUAUUAUUCAAUAUAACUUAAAAAUUACUCAAUUGAACUUACAGUGCAUCAUUCAAUUGACCUGAUUAACAUUAACUAAGAAUUAAAUAGAACAUCCACAAUAAAUCUAAUAGCGAAUAAAACAUUUAUUAAAAAAUGAUUUUUUAAAUAUUGUUAUGCGGCCAAUUCUCAUUAAUUAAAAUUACUUGCCCCUAUUCAGACGAACCAGAUUAUGUAACUCUACCCUUUUUCGUAUCUAAAUAGGAAUUUACAAAAUAAUAAUAUUCAAAGUCAUGUCAAUGCGAGAAAUGACCAGAUCCGAAUUUCGGAAAUUGAUGCCAUUUAGUGUUUAAUCAAGUAGUCCAUUUGAAGAAGUGUCACUCAAAUUAUCAUCACAUAUUAUCUUCUCUGCUAAAAUUCCUUAAAUGAAUCCCUCAAAUGUAUCCAAUGUAUCGGGUUUCCUUGUACUCAUUAUCUUAAGCAAUUAACAUUCAAAAUAGAAUUUCUAUGUACAUAUGUACACAACAAUAUCAUUUGGGGACAAAAUAUACUAAUCUAU